AAGUGCUGUGGUACUGUGGUGUUCAGUCAGUGGAGGCUGUGGUUUAGAUGGUUGAAGCAUUGUAAGGUUAGAUAUCAGCCUGUCUGGGGCUCACAGUCACUGAAAGUAACAGAGAUGUUGUAUCGAAGGUUCUUUGAUGUCAAAGGUCUCUCCAUGAAGUUAAAGUGUGGGCGAGGACUAGAGGAAAAGGAUGGAGAGAAGAGUCGAGACAAAGACGAGAGGAGAGAGGCGAAGGCCAGAGAGAGAUGUACGCUGAACGGACAUCACUUCAGCAUGGUCUCCUCCCAGACACAAUCCUCCUCCUGCCACCAAUGCAGCAAAACCAUCAACACUAAGGAUGCCUUUCUCUGCACCAAUUGCAAUGCACAUGUUCAUAAGAGUUGUAGAGAAAGCCUGCCUGUCUGUGCCAAGGUGAAGAUGAAGACGCCCAGACAGCAGUUUGCAGUUCCAGAUUCAGCCACCAUUCCUGUUGUCACCCGGAGACCAAAACGAGGGUUAAACCCGGGUGCAUCGAGGGAGCGACCCUGGUCAGCCAUCUUGUCUCCAGAAGACCACUCCUCAUUGGUUGUUCCCUCCCGAAGACAUACCUCCAUCAUACCCUUCCACGGCUCCAACCUGUCAAAGAGCAUCUCCAUAUCCAACAUCGCUGGUCACCAGGUGUUUGAUGACAUGCCUAUCAAGGGUCUGCGGUACCUGUCCCAUUCUACUGACUCUCUGUGCAAGACCAACCUGGUCAAUGAAUCUACAGAGUCACUCACAGACGAAGGCACAGAGAUGAUUGACAGUCAGCUGAUGGGGGAGUUUGAGGAAGACCUGAAAGAGCUGGAAGCAGACUCCUGGAGCAACGUUAUGGACAGCAACUUCCUCAAACAUCUGAAUAAGGAUGUCAUCAAGAGACAGGAAGUCAUCUACGAGUUGAUGCAGACAGAGAUGCACCACGUGAGGACCCUGCUGAUCAUGAUGGAGGUGUACAGUAAGGGUCUAGUGAAGGAGCUGCAGCUGGAGCCUCAGACACUAGACAGGCUGUUCCCUGCCCUGGGGGAGCUCCUGGACCUCCACACCUCCUUCCUGACAUGUCUCCUGGAGAGGAAGAGAGAGAGCCAGCAGGAGGGGGAGGACGGAGGAUUCAUCAUCAACAAGAUAGGAGACAUCCUGGAGACACAGUUCUCAGGGACCAAAGCAGCGAUAAUGAAGAGAGUUUACGGGAAGUUCUGCAGCCGCCACAACGAGGCCGUAAACAUCUACAAGGAGCUGCACUCCAAAGACAAACGCUUCCAGGCCUUCAUCAGGAAGAAGAUGAGUAGCAGUAUCGUCCGGAGGCUAGGUAUCCCAGAGUGCAUUCUGUUAGUCACCCAGAGGAUCACCAAGUACCCCGUCCUGAUGCAGAGGAUACUACAUCACACCAAAGAGAAUGAGGAAGACCAUGAGGACCUGAGUGAUGCUCUAUACCAGGUCAAGGAGGUCAUCACUGCAGUGGACAGCAAGGUGAACGAGCAUGAGAAGAAGAGGAGGCUGAAGGACAUCUACAGCCGAACAGACAGCAAGUCCAUUAUGAGGAUGAAGAGCGGUCAGAUGUUUGCUAGAGAGGACCUGCUCAGAGGGAGAAGAUUGCUGUAUGAUGGACCUCUGCAGCUGAAGAACUCACAGGGGAAACUCAAGGAUGUAACGGCCAUGCUUCUCUCUGAUAUUGUCGUCUUCCUGCAGGAGAAAGACCAGAAAUUCGUCUUUGCCUCUCUGGACCAGCGCUCCACGGUCCUCUCCCUCCAGAAGCUGAUCGUUAGAGAGGUGGCUAACGAGGAGAAGGGUCUCUUCCUGAUAACAGCAGGGAUGGAGAAACCAGAGAUGGUGGAGGUACACACUGCAACCAAGGAGGAACGCAACACCUGGAUGCAAAUCAUACAGGAGGCCAUGCAGUCCAUAGAGAAAUAUGAGGAUGAGGAGAACCCCAGUGAAACGGAGGAGGACAAGAGACUGCUGGAGACCAAAGCUAAGGAGAUGAGAGAGAUGCUGAGGAAGAAGGAUGAACAGAUCAUGUGUAUGCUGGAGGAGAAGAUGGCCGUGUUUAGGGAGAUGUGUGAGGUCCGGAGCCCUGGAACCCCCCCAGGAACAGGCCCAGGAGAGGACCAGGGCCCCAGCCAGGUCACCAGGGCCAAGGGGCUGUUCAGGGCUGGGAGCGGAGCGAGCUCUGAGGACAUACCUAAAGGAGAACCCAUCAUAAAGGGAGCACUACAGGAAGUGGAGACGUUGCAGGCGCUGGUGAACGGUACUCUGGGUGGAGCGAUGGGGGGGCAGCAGGUGGUGUGGGUCCCAGAGACAGAAGGAGGAGGAGGAGUGGUGGGCCCGGGCCCUGUAUGUCUCCUUCGCAGGGCCGAGACUUUCGGAGGCUUUGACUCUCAGCAGAUACACAUCUCUAAGAAUGGGGACAAAGAAGAGGGAGAGGACAGAGCAGACCUUCGCAGGACAGAGUCAGACGGUGUACUGAAGAAGGGGGAGAAUGCGACCAUGAUGCUGUUACUGAAGAGGAACACUGAGCAGGUCCUCCACAGUGUGAGCCACAUCCAUGACCUGCUCUACACCCUGCAGGCAGUGGUAGUCCAGCAGGACAGCUUCAUUGAGGAUCAGCGCCAGGCUCUCACCAACCGCCCCGAACGCCUCACCUCCUUCUUCUCCUCCCGUCCCUCCAACUCCCUGAUCGAGCAGGAGAAACAGCGCAGCCUGGAGAAACACAGGCAGGAGACGGCCGCGCUGCAGCGCCAGCAGGCCACACACGACCGGGAGAAGAGGAGGAGGGAGAGGGAGUGGGAGGUGCGGGAGCAGCAGCUGACAGACAGGGAGGUGCAGCUCCUGGUACAGGAAGAGGAGACGGGGAGGAGGAGCAGGGAGCUAGUUACGGAGAGGGCGGAGCUACAAAGGAAGAAGAAGGACUAUCUGAUAGAUCUAGAGAGACUGAGAGACGCUCAGGGGAAACUAGAUCGAGACAGAGAAAACAUACACAGAGAAAUGGAGAGGGUGGAACACAUGAGAAUGGCUAAGAGGUGGAUACAGAGAACUCCCUCCUCUACCUCAGACGACUCCCCCCACUUCCCCCCCUCUACCUCGCUGGACAAAGAUCCAAUGGACCCGGCUGAGCUCUCCUCCUCUCCCAGGAAAGAAUCCCUGACCUCGUCAAAAGGGAAGAGCCUAAACCCGUUCUCUGAGGCCCCAGCCCUAAAGGCCCCUAGUGGAGACAGUCAGAACCAGAUACCUAACAGACUGCUGCAAGGACAGUCAGCAGAUACCCAGCACCUAGAGCCUCCUAUAGAUGGAGAGAUCUACUUCUGCUGAGGAGACCCUUCUUCAUCUCCUGUCAAUGUCCCUCUCACCAGCUGACUGGAAGGCCAAGUUGCCAAAGUCCCCCCAUCGUCAAACCCUCUAAGUCCUCACAAACACUCCCAACUGACACACAAUAGGAAGUGGAAGGUCUCUCGUCAUGUGAGUCAUAAGCUCCAGCUGCAAUGUUCUGUCUCAGUGCUCACUACAGAUUGGCUCCUGACUGUCACCUUCUCGAAAAAUAUAACAAUAAGGAAACUGUUUCUAUGUUAGAUACUGUAGGUUAAAGACUGUCUAUAACAAUAAGGAAACUGCUUCUAUGUUAGAUACUGUAGGUUAAAGACUGUCUAUAACAAUAAGGAAACUGUUUCUAUGUUAGAUACUGUAGGUUAAAGAUUGUCUAUAACAAUAAGGACACUGCUUCUAUGCUAGAUACUGUAGGUUAAAGAUUGUCUAUAACAAUAAGGAAACUGUUUCUAUGUUAGAUACUGUAGGUUAAAGACUGUCUAUAACAAUAAGGAAACUGUUUCUAUGUUAGAUACUGUAGGUUAAAGACUGUCUAUAACAAUAAGGAAACUGCUUCUAUGUUAGAUACUGUGGGUUAAAGAUUGUCUAUAACAAUAAGGACACUGCUUCUAUGCUAGAUACUGUAGGUUAAAGAUUGUCUAUAACAAUAAGGAAACUGUUUCUAUGUUAGAUACUGUGCUCCUGAUGUGCUUGACAUGUUGCAAUAAUCUCAAUACAUUUUACAUGUGAUGCUAUUGAUCACAUGAAUCAUAUUUUCUGGUGCAUGUCCAAGAUCGAUAAUCAAUAUGUUGUUUAUACAGAUCAGUCUACACAAUAUUGAUACUAUAUAGUCCCAUAAGAACUGGAGAAAACUCAAAGACUGAUGUCAGUUGAUCGUUGUUGUGGUUCAAUGUUUAAGAGCCACUUGUUACUAAUAGCUGAAGAACCAGAGAACACAUAUGGAAUCAUGUUGUAACCAAAAGUACGUUAAACAAAUCAAAAUAUAUUUUAUAUUUCAGAUUCUUAAAAGUAGCCACCCAU